AUGACGGCGGGGCUGGCGGUGCUCGUUGCGCUGAGCGUGUUGCUCUUUGUAGGCGCCAUCGUCAUGCUGCUCUUCUUCUGUAGGCGUAUCCAGGUCCAGCGCGAACGCGAGUCGCUUGUGUUUAUUCAGGAGUCGACCGACGUUUAUCGAGAAGAACUGAACGAUAGCUUCAUGGAACAGGCACUAUGGCGCUGCGGCGUGUGCAAAUUCCUUAACCACCCGGAGCGCAAACUUUGCGACUUGUGUCAGACGCUUAGAGGCGCGGAGAGAGACGUAGCAGGCAACAAAAAGCACUCUCGCAGCAGCUUUUCAAGAGGGAGUUUAAGCUCGAGUUCAACGCAGAGAAUGGGACGAAUCGGCGAGACGGAAGCCUUCUCAUCCUCACAGGCCGAUGACGCCAUCGGCGGGUCGCUCAGACGACCGAGCUUUGAGUUCUCGAGGAAACCAAAAUCCUCGAAUAAAAUGAGCAAGUUACAACUAGCUGCUAGUCGAAGACAGCAGUGGAAAAGAAUGCCGACUACGGAUGGUUUGCAUCGGUGGGUUAGACAACAGUCCGCUAGGAGACAGUCGAGAGCAGGCCAACGAGACUCGAUGGAGAGCGAUCCAGGAGGAAGAAUGUCGCUCAACAGGUACUUAGACGCCACGGAAAGAGACAGCAACUUGUCAAUUGGAUACAUUCGAGUAAGAGAUUCACUGGGGAGACUCGUACUGAACGAGAGCGACGUAGUAGCAACGGAUUUCCACUACCGGAUUAAUAUUCUCGACGGUACAGGUAGCUCCGAGUUGAUCAUGAACCUCGAGGGGGUACACAAUUUGCCCUUCCCGGAUAAAAUUCGCUGGUUUUCGACGGAAAUCCAUCGACUGUGGCUUCCGUGGGAAUCAGGCCACGCAGAGUUGGUAGUGCGAAGGGAUCACUUAUUGCAGGACUCUUUCGAACUCGUGGCAGCUAUGAAGCCAUAUCAGUUAAGACAGAGAUGGCGUGUGGUGUUUGAUGGAGAGCCGGCUUUGGAUGCAGGUGGCGUCAUGCGCGAGUGGUUCACUCUUCUGUUUGCUGAGCUUUUCGACCCAUCUUUCGGACUAUUUGUGAGUACAGUGGGAGACGAGAGAAGUUACUGGAUCAAUGCCAGCUCGGACUUGCUACUUGGUGAAGAAGAGCAUUUGGCGUACUUUGAGUUUGCUGGACGACUGGUGGGCAAGGCGAUUCUGGAAGAACAUUUGAUGCCUGUUCAUCUCGCACUGCCGUUCCUGAAACAUAUUCUGGGUGUGCCGAUCUCUUUCUCGGACUUACAAUUCCUUGACGACGAGAUCUAUAACAGCGCGUUGAUGGUGAAAAAGAUCGACGAUAUCGAACCGCUGUGUCUGGAUUUUACAGCUACUCGUAUUGUGGACGGCAAGCCAGAGAUCGUGGAGCUCGUUGAAGGAGGCGCCGAUAUUGACGUGACGCGAGAGAAUCGCUCGCGGUACUUGGAUGCUUUGUUCAAGUACCAUGUUCUUGGCAGUGUGAGUGAUCAACUGCUGUCAUUUCUUACUGCACUGUACGAUGUCGUGCCCGAGGGAUUGCUUAAGCUGUUUGACUACCAAGAACUCGAGCUGCUAAUGUGUGGCGUGCCGUCUAUUGACGUGGAGGACUGGAAAAAACACACGGAUUUCAAGUUUUUUACGCAUAAUUUUCCCACGGAGCUCGAGCUUAACAACAUCGAGUGGUUCUGGGAAGUUGUGGAGGAUAUGAGGAAUGAGGAUCGUGUGCGUUUACUGCAGUUCGCGACGGGCACAAGUCGAGUCCCGGCUCAAGGUUUCAAGGGGUUGAUUAGCAGCGACGGUCGUGUACGGCGCUUCAACGUUGCCUUCGCUGGUGCGAACCAGUCGUUCCUGUUCCCGAAAGCACACACGUGUUUUAAUCGUCUAGAUCUGCCCAUCUACAACUCGAAGGAAGUUCUAGCGCAGUACGUCAACCUGAUCGUGCAGAUGGACAUCACGGGCUUCACCAUCGAGUAA